GUCUUUUUUCAACAUGGUAGCGCUCUAGAAUGGAGCACCCUCAAUGUCACGUUUGUUGUUAGCAUUUUAAAACAGUUUUAAGUCUUUGUUUAAACGUUUUGAAAAUGUAUAAAUUAGGCUGUGUACUUGGUAAUUCCGUGAGGACGGUGUGCCGGCAGCUGGCUGUUUCCGUAAAUGCUCACACGACCUCAAUAAAUGGAAGCACAGAUCUACAGCGAACCAUACACAGCAGUGCUGUAAGACUUCAAGAAGCAGAAGCCCCUAAAGAAAAUUCAGGAAAAGACUUCAGCCUCUUGCCUCCACUACCUGGUGAAGACAGUGCUCUGAAAUGGGGUGGAAAGAAGUUUGAGGAGUUGCCAAUUGUUCAUAUUAAAGCCACCUACAACAACACACACAUCCAGCUAACAGACAGCGAGGGACAGUCUCUGGUGAGGACGUCCUGCGGCACGGAGGGCUUCAAGAACAUUAAGAAGUCGACGCCCAUCGCUGCACAGACCGCAGGGAUCUCUGCUGCUGCUAAAGCAACAGGGAAAGGCGUUACGUUUGUUCGUGUUGUGGUCAAAGGUAUCGGUCCUGGACGUCAGUCGGCGAUCAAAGGUCUGGCGAUGGGGGGGCUGGAGGUGGUAUCCAUCACCGACAACACCCCCGUGCCACACAAUGGAUGCCGCCCAAGGAAAGCCAGGAGGAUGUGAGGCUUGAUGCCGUACAACAGGAGUCGUUUUUGUGCUAAUAAAGUGUAAUGUUGUGCAGCUGUUUCGGCUCCGAGUGCACCUCAUGUACCGUGGAUGCGCCUGCAGAUGGCGUUCCUAAUGAACAAAGCACAGGUGUCCCCGUCCCGCGCCGCCGCUGACACGUGAAUAAACUUCUAGCACCCCCGGC